AUGCAGAACGCCGUGCUCGCGGACUACAACGACCUGGUGCUCGCCGGCGGCGCCAUCUACGACGGCUUCACCGACUUCCUGCGCGAGGACGUCGGCGGCAAGUGGGAGGCCGUGCACCCCCGCGUCAUGGACACGCUGGACGAGGUGAUGCAGUACAACAUCCGCACCAAGAAGGCCAUCGCCGCCGACCUGCCCGACAUCCUGGCAAAGCUCAAGGAACACUUCGAGCACAAUGAUUUCUUCGUCAAGGACAUCUGGAAUUUCUUUGCGUCGGCAGCGUACGUAAACAUAAAAACCUAUCUGUUGCGAGCGGUGGUGCUUCUUGCGUCACCAAGCACGGCUUGGAGGUGCUGGACGCGGCGUACAUACUCGGCCGUGAAGAGCUUCGCCUCCAUGCUGGUGGACAUCGUGUACAUCGACAUCGCGGCCACCCUGGACGUAAUCCCAGUCAUCAAAGCUUUGGGUAAGAACGCCAUGGUCCACUGGAACGCCACGAUGACGGACUUGGCGGAGCUGCGCAACGCGACGCACCGCUGGACGCGCGAGGUGCUCAAGUCGGCGCACGACUCGCUGGCGCAGCUCGAGAGCUCCGUGGCCGCGCAGCUGGACCGCUGGGACGCCUUCGUGGAGGACGCCAAGCGCCGCAUCGAGCGCGCCGUCGUCCCCGGCCUGCUCACCGCGCAGGAGAUGUUCGCCUUCCUCAACUACCACCCUUUCCGCCCCUCCACCCGAGCGCCCUGCCGUGCCUUCGUGGAGUCCGUCAAGACGCACCUCAUGAGCAUGGAGGAGGUGCGCGAGGUGCUCCACCUGUACUCGCAGUACGCGUCCUGGCUGGAGGACUUCCACGUGCAGGACUACUUCGACCAGUACCUGUCCGAGCUCAGCGACACGGCCGAGUGGGUGGUGCGGGACUUGCGCCAGACGCACUCGGACUGCAAGGCGUACUUCGACGCGCUGUGCGACGCCGCCUUCGGCCACUACGAGGCGCUGCACAAGCUGCCGCCCCCCGUGGCCUACGUGCGCAAGCUGGCCGGCAAGGUGUACCAGAAGGCUCUGUGGGCCUGGCGCUACUACGACGUCACCAAGGAGAUCGGCGAGAGCCUGCUGUGGGCGCUGCACCAGCUCGAGGUGGGCCUCAUGGACCUGCUGAACCACAUGGACGCCAGCGCCGUGGCGCGCCCCACCCUGGAGCCCUCGUCCAGCCUCAUCCUGGACAAGGACCUGGGGCUGCUGGAGUACACGCAGACCCUGCCCAUCCCUGGCACGGCUUCGACCGCCUGCCCGAGUUCCACGAGCUGUCCCCGUACCGCGUGGCCCAGGAGCAGACCGCCGACAUCAGUUCUCUCGACAAGUACCGCUACUACCUCCUGGACGCCCUCAACGAGUACCGCUCGGGGCUGAAGCUGUCGCGCUGGCUGCCGCCCUACGGCGCCACCGGCCUGCUGGUGGGCCGCCACCACUUCAUGACCUUCGACAAGCAGUUCUUCGACUUUGCCGGGGAAUGGUCGUACCUCCUCACCUCCGACUUCGUCAACUACGAAAU